AUAUAUAUAUAAAUCAACCUGUAUCGUAGGUUAUGUCGAUCAGAUAUCGAAUUCUUUGACGUUUUCGUCGACGCGUUUUGGACAUGGGUUUGUUUGGAAAAUCGCAGGAAAAAAAUCCUAAGGAAAUGGUUCAAGAGUGGACUCACAAAUUGAGGAAGGAGGGUUAUCAGCUCGACAGACAGGUUAGAGCAAUUCAGAGAGAGGAAGAGAAAGUAAAACGUUCUAUGAAAGAAGCAGCAAAAAAAGGAGACAAAGAUGUGUGCAAAAUUCUCGCAAAGGAAAUUAUAAGGGCUCGUAAAGCCUGCAAUAAGAUUUACACUUCCAAAGCACACUUAAAUUCUGUAUCGUUACAAAUGAAAAAUCAGUUGGCGACAAUCAGAGUUGCUGGUUCAGUAUCUAAAUCUACAGAAGUGAUGCAAGCAAUGCAGUCUUUAGUGAGAGUACCAGAAGUAGCUGCAACUAUGAGAGAAAUGUCAAAAGAAAUGAUGAAGGCAGGUAUUAUUGAGGAAAUGUUGGACGAAACGAUGGAUUCUAUUGAGGAUUCUGAAGAUAUGGAAGAUGAAGCUGAUGAAGAAGUUGACAAGAUUUUAUGGGAAGUAACAGCUGGCCAAUUGGGUACAGCUCCUGCAGUUGUCACAGAAAAUCCUGAAGUUCCUUCUACCUCUGCAGAAGAGGAAGUAGAAGAAGACGACAAAGAACUUGAAGAAAUGAAGAACCGAUUGCAAAGUCUUCGCAGUUAGAUGAAUAAUUAAAUAAUUGAAAAAUAUUUGUAUUAUACAAAUGUCAGGGAAAUAAGUAUCUUAAUACCAUUUUUAUUAAAUAAAUAACAUGUUAUAAAUAGUAGCACUUGCCUAUUUAUCAUAAUGUUAUUUUGCUAUUUUAUGUAAAUAUUGUAAUAUUAUAAUAUUGCAGCUAUUUUAUCGCUUUGUAGAACAAGUAUUAUAAGCACUGUAUAUCUAUUUUUACACUCAUUAUUCAAUAAUUUUGUUUAUACUUACAAUUAUGAGUAAUUGUGAAGAAAAAUUAUGCAAAUUAAAAUAAGUUUAGGAGAAAGUAAA